AGCUUUAGUAUAAAACAGUGCAAUUUGUUUAAGUGAGCAUUUAAACGAUUGAAGUUGAAAACGAGUAAUUUACAGGAGCCUUUUGUGAUAUUUCAGGAAUAUUUAGCUGGAGAAAAUACAGGAUGCAUAAGCACAGCAGAAUAACAGAAAUGAUGAUGACCCUAGAGAUGACAUGGCUAAAUUUAAGCUUCGUGGAGAAAAUCCUGCGAAAGUCAGAAGGAGACGAUUCGAUUCAGGUGAUCGAUAUGUCUACAAAACCAGCCACGAAGAAAGGUGACAACUAUCUUAGCGAUAUGUUCAGAAUUAUGAUUGAAUUUUCACGUAAUCAAGGCGGCAAUGAGAUUAAAGAGAAAAAAUCAAUUAUUGUCAAACUCUUACCUAUAAUUGAAAGUAUUCGACAAAAAUUCAUUGUAUUAUCAGGUUUUUUUCACAUCGAAAUAUCAAUGCUAUCAGAUACCUUGUAUAAAAUGAAUAAAUUGUUAGAGCCUAAGUACCGUUUAAGCGGGAAAAGUCUAUAUGUGCAAAACGAAAAUCCAACGCUUCUUGUAAUGGAAGAUCUUAUGUUUCUUGGUUUUCGAAUGGCCGACCGUUUGUCUGGCCUUGACCUAGCACAUUCUAUAUUGGCGUUACAAGGACUUGCCAGAUUUCAUGCAGCCUCUGUCGCCAUAUGUGAGAAGGAACCAAAACAAAAAGAGUAUUCGAAAGGAAUGUUUUGCCAUCAGCACCCGCCAGAAUUGCGUGUUUUUUUCGUUAUGGCUAUUAAAGCUUUAGCAGAUGAGAUUGCAAACUGGCCAGAAGUGAAAAAAUAUGCGGAAAAAAUUGCUAAACUCUCCGAUCACGUAUAUCAAAUAGCAGAAAAUGCAAUCAAGAUUUCUGAGGAUGAUUUGAACGUUAUUAAUCAUGGUGAUUGUCAUCUGAACAAUAUGUUGUUUAAAUACGAUAAUGAUGGUAAACCUAUUGAUCAGAUUUUUGUAAGUACCACGUUCCUUUGUAUUUCAGAUUAUUGGUUCCAGCCCAGCGUUAUCUUAGAAUUUCAAAUGUGCGUCUACACGACGCCAGCACUCGAUCUUCAUUAUUUUUUCAAUACAAGUCUUUCCAUGGAUGUCAUGGAAAAUGAGAGAAAUACUUUAUUAAACGAAUAUCUUGGCAUCUUGUCAGCGACUAUGAAACAACUGAGUUGCAAGACACAGCCGCCUACCAUGGAAGAAUUGAAAGCUAGCCUAAAGCGAAGUGUUAGCUAUGGAAUGAUAGUAGCCUUCACGAUUUUACCGCUCAUGUUGUGUAAUAAGAAUAAAUCAAAAGAUUUGGAUGAUAUCAUGAGCACGGGUACUUUUAUAAAUCCAGGUUUACAGAAAAUGGCUCUAGAAACAUCGACAUGGCUAAAUCUGUGCUAUGUAGAGAAAAUUCUGCGAAAGUCAGAAAACGACAAUUCGAUUCAGGUGAUCGAUAUAUUUUCAAAACCGGCUACGGUGAAGGGUGACAACUACACUAGCGAUAUGAUUAGGAUUAUUGUCGAAUAUUCACGCGGCUCUAAAAUUAAAGAGAAAAAAUCAAUUAUUGUGAAACUGUCACCUCUCCUUGAAGGUGUUCGACAGAAAAUAGUCACACAAGCAGGUUUCUUUCACACCGAAAUGUCGAUGAUGUCCGAUACUUUGAAUAAAAUGAAUAAGUUGUUGGGAUCGAAGCAUCGCUUGAGCGCGAAAAUUCUCUAUGCGCAAAAUGAAAAUCCAGUACUUCUGGUGAUCGAAGAUCUCGCAUCUCUCGGUUUUCAAAUGGCUGAUCGUUUGUCUGGUCUUGAUCUAAAUCAUUCCAUAUUGGCGCUUCACAGACUUGCCAUGUUUCAUGCAGCCUCCGUAGCUCUAUGCGAGAAGGAACCAAAGCAAAAAGAGAUGUAUACGAAAGGAAUAUUUUCUAAUCAGCAUCCUCCAGAUAUAAAAGAAAUUUUCAUUAAGAGCAUGAAAGCUCUAGCAGACGAGAGUGUGAACUGGCCAGAAGUGAAAAAAUACUCGGAAAAAAUUGCUAAACUCGCCGACCAUAUAUUUCAAAUAGGAUUGAAUGCGAGCCAACUCUGUGAAGAUGAAUUUAAUGUUAUUAAUCAUGGUGAUUGUCACGUGAAUAAUAUGUUAUUCAAAUAUGACAAUAAUGGCAAACCUACUGAUCAGAUAUUUGUAGAUUUCCAAAUAAGUGUCUACGCAUCACCGGCACUCGAUCUUCUCUAUUUUCUCAAUUCAAGUAUUUCCCUCGAUAUCAUUGAAUACAAGAGAGAUGUUCUAUUAAAUGAAUAUCUUGAUACCUUGACAACGACUAUGAAGUUAUUGAACUGCAAGACUCAGCCGCCCACCAUGAAAGAACUAAAGGCUACCCUAAAACGAAGAGCUAGUUUUGGAAUGAUAACAUCCUUCGUCAUUUUACCGUUUAUGCUGUGCAGUAAAGCUGAGGCGAAAGAUUUGGAUGAAAUAUUGAGCACUGGUACUUAUAUAAAUGCAGGUUUAAAAAGUGAGAGUUAUAAAAAAAUAUUGAUAAAAAGACUGCCACUGUACGACGAGUGGGGUUUGCUGGAUCUCUAAUAUUUCACAUAGAUAAUAUUUCACAUUCAGAGAUAGAACAUUAAUAAA